AUGUGGUCCUCGUCCAGUGCUUCAGACGUAGAUGAGCUCUUCCCUAGACGCCCCCGCCGUGUCUUUCAUAGCUCAAUACCUUCUUCGACACGUCGCAGUACUACUACUAGUUGUUUCGAGCAGCAUCGGCGCGAUCUGUCGCCUCCUUCAGUCAGUAGAGGCAAUUUAUGGACAUUUGAGGGAUCUUCCACAGCUUCAACUGCAUUUCACACAUCAUCAGCAGCUACUACGGGGUUUUGUGACGCUUCAAAGUCUCUUCUAGUGUCUGAGGAGACGAAUGAAGGUCCUCACGGGCUCGAGAGUGACGUGAAAGCUGUAAAUCAUGGCGUUAUUGGGUCGUAUCCUAGUGACAAAGCUACGACCAGAAUGCUCUGGAAUCGACCAGAGAGAGAGGAAGAAGAGAGAGAGGAAGAGGCUUUACCCUCGUAUCUCAGUUAUCUACAGGCUCCAUUAUUAAUGGGAGAUGCUACAGCUACAGCGAUACCUACUUCAGUAUCCUUUGUCCCUGCGACGACGUUGGGACGUACAAGUGAUGAGCAGAUGGAGACAUGGAGCAAAGAGCUUGCACGAGUGAUGCAACAGAUGAUAUCAGUGCAGAUGCAAAGACAAGAAGGGAUGACGACCACGUCUUCACCUAUGCAAGACGCUGGAAAGAGCUGCAACUGUGAAAUGCGUGUAGCAGAGUUGGAAAAACAGGUACAGAUAAUGAUUGCUGCUCAGAAGGAGAUGACGAAAUCUGCUGCAAUGGAGGAAACGAGAAAGGUGAUUAGUGAACGAGUGUCGACGUUGGAAGGUCGACAAAGUGCUUUCCAGUCACAACUAGCGCAGAUUUCGAAAGUGCUUGGUGUGCCGGUUGGAAAGCACGGCAAAAGCAGUCAACUAAAGACAUUGGUGCAGACGUUGCACGAAGAGAUUGACACCAAGGUCCAGGCAGCCGUUGCCAAUAUUGAAGCUGCGUACAAUAAUAACACGACGAUGCGCGCGGAAGAGCUGCCAGCGUCGUCAUUGUCUCCUACUGAGGCGUCGGCAGCGCCAUCCAACCCUAGUGAAGAGAAGAAAAGGCAGAGUCUCAACGGCUCCGACUCUACCCCAAUAUCUGCUCUCUCAUUUUCAACUGUGUUGAAUGCUUUAGCUGAAGAGCACGAGGCUUCGUUGACGAGGUUGAGCACGCAUUUUGAUGAGCGCUUGCGGUUGGAAGGCUCGCAGCGCAUUGCUCUAGAGGGACGCAUGCAAGCACGUCUAGGAGAGCUAGACGACUGGUUGCAGCAAGUUGAAGGCGAGCUUGGUGGGUCGCAUUUUGAGCCCACUCCGUCAUCGUCGAUCGUUGCCAUAACCGACGAUAUGACCAGGCUUGAGAACCAAUUGGGAAAACUGGAAACUUCCUGGAAGCAUCAGCAGCAAGAAGUGAAGGAGCUAUGUACUCAAAUGGAAAAGCAGCUGCCGAAUUUUGAAAAUCUUUGCACGCAGCUAGAUCAGCAAAACAGCGACGUAAAAGCUUUACGUGAAAGCCUGGAGACUGUCGCUUCUUCAGCUUGUGAAGAAACUCAGGCAGUGGCUCGUACUUUCCAGGGACUCAAGCUGAUUGUCGAAAAGCUGGUGCGUGAUACAGGUUCUGUUGACGAACUGUUGCAGCAAUACGUGAGUACAAUCACACACCAGGUGGCCAGUGUAACUCGGCAGUACGUUUCGGUCAGGAUUCGAGAUAAUAAUCGACUGUUGGAUGCGACGCUGCGUGCCCGCGUACCUGAUUACGUUCUGAACGAGAGUGAAAGCUUUUUGUUAGUGCGUCGAGAUAAGAAGAGGAAAGGUGACGGUCACAAUUUCAGGACUGACGUGAAUGAAGAGCCAGAGGAUCAUUUCAGCUUUGUGGUGCGUGAGAAUGACGAGGACGGCAUCCGACGCAUCUUGACUAGCCAGCGCGUAGUACCAAAGCCCAGCCCCACCAGCCCCACCAUUAGCUCUGACGCUAGUGCUUCUGCUGUUGUUGCCGGUGCGACAGCGUCACUGUGA